UGCUGCCUUGGUGACAAGAAAUGAGUUCCACCGGCGAAAUGAUCUUCUUGGUGUGUUUCCUUUUCCCGCCAUUUAUCUUGCAGACUAUUGGUCUGUUCUCACCAUACUGGAUCUUAACCUCAGACUGCAGAAGCAUAGGUCUGCUAUAUAGUUGCUGUUCUGGGGACAACAAUGACACGUGCAAAAACACAAAGGGCGUUGACGAAUUAGAUGCACGAGCGCUCGGACUUGAAGUAUUCUCCUUUGUUAUGAUGUUCUUGGCUGUAUUUGGAACUUGCGUUAACACGUUUUCUAAAAAAGGAUAUGACGAUAUGGGGUGUUGUGGUUAUAUUGGGUGGUGCUGCUUGAUUAUGUUCCCUGUGGCAGGUUUGUUCAGUUUCAUCGGAUGUUUGCUCAUUGCCGAAAAUUAUUCCACAUCUGAGCUUGGCUGGUCUCUAAUUCUCUGCCUCACUCCCGUCUGCCUGUUCUUGUUUGUCAUAUCGACUGCGACUAUAUGUUAUUCUGUAAAGAAGGCUGUCAAGAAAUGUCAAGAAGAUCAUGUAACACAUGUCGUCCCUCCCGCACGUGCAUCUGGGAUGGAUGGUGGUAAACGUCUGACCAAUAAACUUCACCGACUGACCUACAAUCGUUAUCGGUCAAACAAAGUUGGUGCCGUAGCAAAAGCAAAGGUUACAGCGAGAUCAGAUAUUCAUUAUUCACAACAAAACAAAUUUUCAGACGGCAUGGUUUCGUGUAAAGAUGGUAGACAUGAUCCUUCCCAUGGCGAAAUUGGUAACAGGGUUGUGGUACAGCAGAGACCAUCCAGUGAUAUCCUUCCGACUGUAACUGAAGUACGCGUUGCUCCUUAUGGUGAAGUUGGUGGCAGAGUUAGGGCACAAAAGACGGAACUGAAUGACUCAAGACCAUGUGCAUCUUCUAGUACAUUAGUUUCACAUAAGGGUGAUGGACGUGUUGCUUCUCAUGGCCGGGUAAGGGGCAAAACCGGGGUAAAGAAAAGAGCAUAUCAUGACUCAGAACAACACAUAUCUUCCAAUGAAAUGGUUCCAUAUAAGGAUAGAGAACGUGGAGCUCCUGAUAGCAAACUUGAGGAAACGGCAGAACGUAGAGCACUUGCUCAUUACCCAAAACUACAGGCCUCUUCAAGUGGUAUUGUGCCUAAUGAGGGCAAUCGAAAUGUGCCUACUGGUGGAGGUAUUCUGCAUAUGUAUGGAUCACGGAUAGCAGAAGAAGAAAUAUAUGCUCAUCAUUCUGAAAACGAGCAUAUUUUCUAUGUCAUGAAAAAGUAUACGACCGAGCGUUUCAUUCAUAUGUUUGAAGAUAAAUAA